AUGGAAGAUCAGCCAUGGUUCAGGGUGCAGAAGGAGUACAAGAUUUUGAAGAAGGAAGGGCGAUACAAUGUCAGAGCUGCGGUCGAGGUUGCUCUGACCGGAGAGGUGUACAGGAUCAUCGACGGCGCGUCACACAAGUUGGAGUACAGAAUCAUCAGCGCAGGAGGUGAGGUUCUUGCGGAGAUCAGGAGGAAGCAGACGGACACAGGGGUUGUUCUCAGAGACGACGUUCUGAGCCUGACAGUGGGCCCCACUGCGGAUCGGCUGCUAGUUGUAGGGCUCAUGGUCGUCUGCGGCCUCCUUGACCGCUGCAUCUGA